GGGGCAUUGUGGGCCGAGGGGCGGGGGUUGGGAAGAUGGCGGCUCCCAGCCUCCUCAACUGGAGGCGGGUUUCCUCCUUCACAGGGCCGGUGCCCCGCGCCCGGCACGGACACCGAGCCGUGGCCAUCCGGGAGCUGAUGAUCAUCUUCGGCGGGGGCAACGAGGGCAUCGCGGACGAGCUGCACGUCUACAACACCGUUACAAAUCAGUGGUUCCUACCAGCUGUUAGAGGAGACAUCCCUCCAGGUUGUGCAGCCCAUGGAUUUGUCUGUGAUGGUACUAGAAUACUAGUAUUUGGGGGAAUGGUUGAAUAUGGAAGAUACAGCAAUGAGUUAUAUGAGCUACAAGCAAGUCGUUGGUUAUGGAAAAAAGUGAAACCCCAACCUCCUCCUUCUGGUUUACCUCCUUGUCCUCGGCUUGGACAUAGUUUCUCUUUAUAUGGUAACAAAUGCUAUUUGUUUGGUGGUCUGGCAAACGAAAGUGAAGAUUCAAAUAAUAACGUUCCCAGGUAUUUAAAUGAUUUCUAUGAGUUGGAACUACAGCAUGGUUCUGGAGUCGUGGGCUGGAGCAUUCCAACCACCAAAGGCAUUGUACCUUCUCCAAGAGAAUCCCAUACUGCUAUUAUAUAUUGUAAAAAAGACUCUGGGAGUCCUAAGAUGUAUGUUUUUGGUGGAAUGUGUGGUGCUCGUUUGGAUGACCUAUGGCAGCUUGAUUUAGAAACAAUGUCAUGGUCAAAACCAGAAACUAAGGGGACAGUACCACUUCCACGAAGCCUUCAUACAGCCAGUGUUAUCGGAAACAAGAUGUACAUUUUUGGUGGAUGGGUUCCACACAAGGGGGAAAAUACUGAGAGUUCACCUCAUGAUUGUGAAUGGAGAUGCACCAGCUCAUUUUCUUACCUAAAUCUGGAUACAGCGGAGUGGACCACUCUAGUAUCAGAUUCUCAGGAAGAUAAAAAAAAUUCAAGGCCAAGACCAAGAGCUGGGCACUGUGCUGUUGCAAUUGGCACUAGGUUGUAUUUCUGGAGUGGAAGAGAUGGCUACAAAAAAGCACUUAAUAGUCAAGUUUGCUGCAAGGAUCUUUGGUAUCUUGAUACUGAGAAACCACCAGCACCGUCACAAGUCCAGCUGAUCAAAGCUACUACCAACUCUUUCCAUGUCAAAUGGGAUGAAGUGCCGACGGUUGAGGGCUAUCUUUUGCAAUUGAAUACUGACUUGCCAUACCAAGCUGUACCACCUGAUUCUUCAGCAGCACCAAAUAUGCUAGGAGGCAGGAUGGACCCUCACAGACAAGGCAGUAAUAGCACCCUUCAUAACAGUGUUAGUGAUACAGUAAACAGUGCAAAAACUGAACACACAGCCAUGAAGGGAACUUCACUGAAAAGCAAACCAGAUUUCAGAGCAACAGAUUCUAAUGCACCUUUGGCACCUAAUGCUUCUAAUAAUAACAGUUGUGUGACGGAUAUGCUAUGGAAGAAUGAAGUUGAUGAAAUAUGUGCUCUGCCUGCAACUAAGAUCAGCCGUGUAGAGGUACAUGUUGCAUCAACGCCAUUUUCUAAAGAGACACCUUCAAAUCCAGUGGCCAGUUUGAAAACAGAACAACAAUGGUGUGAUGUGGGAAUUUUUAAAAACAAUACCGCUUUGGUGAGCCAGUUUUAUUUGCUACCAAAAGGAAAACAAAGUAUGUCAAAGGUAGGAAAUGCAGAUGUACCUGACUACAGUUUACUUAAGAAACAAGAUCUGGUCCCAGGAACAGUAUAUAAAUUCAGGGUUGCUGCAAUCAAUGGUUGUGGAAUAGGCCCUUUCAGCAAAAUCAGUGAAUUUAAAACAUGUAUCCCUGGUUUUCCUGGAGCUCCUUCUACAGUCCGAAUUUCCAAGAAUGUCGAAGGCAUCCACCUUUCCUGGGAGCCUCCAACUUCACCGUCUGGAAAUAUUUUGGAAUACUCAGCCUACUUGGCUAUCCGCACAGCCCAGGUGCAAGAUAAUCCAAGCCAGCUUGUGUUCAUGAGGAUCUACUGUGGUCUUAAAACCUCAUGUACAGUGACUUCUGGGCAGCUUGCAAACGCGCAUAUAGAUUACACAUCCAGACCAGCCAUUGUAUUCAGGAUAUCAGCAAAGAAUGAAAAGGGUUAUGGACCAGCCACUCAAGUGCGAUGGCUUCAAGGUAACAAUAAGAAGGCACCUCUGAGUUGAGUUGUUUCUAUUAAAGCUGUUGUCAUGGUUAUUUAUUAGUGACUGGUUAUAAAGACCUGUUCUUUGAGAGUAUUCUCUGACUGUAUUUCUAGCAGUUAUGAAUUUGAGUUUGUAAGUUGUUCUUAAAAUGUAUUUGCUCACUUCUAGAUCCAAAUAAAAAUAGAAAGAAGCAAAGACUGAAAAUUAGUAUAUGGAUUCUUCCUUACCCAUAAAGCUACUUACAAAGAAAAAAUAACAAAACAAAGAUAAAAGCUGUAAGGUGUAUUGUCCCUUAUCUUUUAUAACGGCUGCAUAACUCAGCCAUCCUGCAGCUACUGAGAGGAGUCCAGUAACUGGCUGUUGUACACCUUGCUGUGGUGAGUGUUACGCAUUGUAAAUGCCCUGCCUGAGUACCCUCUUGACUAUCCAUGAGCAGCGCUCUAUCAGCCAUUUCCAGCGCAUAGGAUUUAUGAUACAACUUUAGUAACCACUUUGUUCCUUUAUUUAUAGUUAGCACAAACUUAAGAAAGUAAAAGAAAGAGAAAGAAAAGUUCAGGAACUUUUUUUCUGAGAAUCAUAGCAAAAUAUGAAAAAGAUAGGGAACAGUCUUGAUUUGUGUGUGACUGGUAUAUCUGACUUUAUCUUUAGCUAAAGCACUUAAUCUCAAUGGCCCCUCAUUUCUUCAUGAGCAGGUAAGGGAGUUAUAAGAGUUUUCCGUUAAGGUCCUUUUCAGCUCUAAAAGUUGUAUUUUCCUUAGAAAUUGAGUGAUUCCCUGAACGUUGUCAUUUGUCAGCAGUCUUAUUGGCUUUAACUGCUUUCAUCACAUUAAAAAUCAAGUAGGUCUUCCUCUUGAAGAAGGAGGAGGCACCUUAACAGGACACAGGUUUUUAAUAUGUUUUUCACAUUUGUAAGAUUUUUGUAAAUGGUCUAGAUGUUUUAUUUUUGCAUUAUUUUUACCUCAAAAUUGUAUACGCUUUUUUAUACCAGAAAUAAAAGCAUUAGACAGUCAGUUCAGACUCCUUACCUCCUUAGAGAUGCGGAUAAUUCUUGACCACUUGACUGCAGGUAACUUACUUUACACCUUCUAAAGUCUCAGAGUUUAACCUCUUAGUCAGCUCGGGAACGAGCAAGUACAGAGCAAUGACUUGAGAAAAGACGUUUCAGGCCGACAGCUGCCAUCACUGCAAGAGACCAGGUCUGACUUGUUUUGCCACACAAUCGCAAUGCCAGUUUAGGGUGACUGAGGAGCUAUGCCCUUCAGCUUUACAUAUGAUAUGCCCAUUGGAGAUGACUCUAAUUGUGAAGAAAGGAUAUAUAUGCCACUUACUAACUUAAAGUGUAUAGAAUAUUUUAAUAUAUAAUUUUUGUAAAGACUGGGAUUUUUAUACUACAGUAUUUGUAAUUAAUGUGUCUCACUAAUUAAAUUUCUCUUGAAGAAAAUAUGCAAGCUAUUAGACACAUGAGUGGUUUCUGAACUCUAAAGAUAAAAAACAAAUGCACUACUCUGGUGUUACUAGAAUACCUUUUUAGGAUACAUGAAUACUUAAUUACUAAAUGGGUACUUUCCAAGCAGUGUUUACAAGGAGCCCUCUGGCUAGUUGUCCCAGCAGCUCCUGUGGGAGAGCUUUCCUCUGCCUCCAUCUCCGUGGGCUUUGCUUCGGGCAGUGCUUGCUUUUUGCACUAGUAGACUUUGAACUUACCUCAUUAUUAUGUUUAAGAUCAUUUGUGUAGCUUCCAUGAUGUGUCUGGUAGGAGCUAACUAUGUCUUAACCAAAGUUACAUGGUAUGCAGAUUUGCACAUCUUGAAUGGUAGACUCUGUUGUGUGUGUGCUCAGCUUAGAAGAACAGUCAGCUAUGGGGAGUGUGCUUCAAGACCAGUUACUUUACUUCAUUAGAGAGCUUUUGCCUUUCAGUCCCUAUCCUCUGCAUUAAUUAACAGUUUACAUCUUGAAACAUUUAUUGUUGAGGAAUAAGUUGAUGUAAAGCAGACUAGAAUGUUGGUUUUGUGUGUGUACUUUUUUAUCUAUUUAGUAUGUGAUUUAGUUUAUUUUGCGUAAAGGCAUCUUCUAUUCUAGAUUAGGAGACAGAUAAAGAGCUCAUGGUUCUAACAUACAACUUGCUUCUUUGACAAAAGGGUGGCCUUUCUAUACCAAGCAAUUUGUUAAAAUAAUAAAUCUUUUUUACGUUGAGAAUUGCCCAAAUUGUAUUUUUUCUUCAUUGGCCUACUUCCUUAAGCAUAAGUCAUUUUUCUGUUUCUGUUACGGGACUGGUGACUGAAAGAUACCCUUAGCAGAUGUGUGCGGCUUUGGUGUUAGUAAUUCAUGCAACGCUAGAACUGUGUGAACAUGAGUAUAACGACUCGUCAUGCUGAUAUGAGCACCUGUAGCUUCUGAGGACUCGCACAUUGUGAAGCUUCAAUCCAUAUCAUGUAGACUCUGUUUUCUUUUUUCCACCAUCUCUCCUUCCUUCCUUCCUUUUUUUCCCGGUGCUAGGGAUUAUCCGAGCUUGGGCCUGGGCACUAGGCCAGUGCUCUAACACCAACCUACAUCACAUCCAGGCAGAUAUUUCUUAUUAAGAGGAUUUACAUUCAGUUAAAUUUCUUACUAUCCUCUCAAAGUUGUAUAACAGUUUCUGUGUCACAAGCUUCUUUUCCUGUGUUCUGGACUUUGGUUGAAUAUAAAAAAGUAAAAAUAUUAUUGAUAUUGCAUGCUCUUAGAAUUAUGUUUUCUGAAAAACUGUAUUGACUUAAUUUUAGUUUAGCAAAUUAUUUUGGCAGUUUAACUAAAAAUAAGUUAUAUAUAAACUCAGUCUGUAUUUAAAGAUUAAAUAAUCUGAUUGCAUGUCUGAGGCACCCUUGCCCCAUAAUACAAUUACAUGUUUAAUCAUCUGUAGAAAAGUGAAUCUGUUCAUCGAUUAUUUCAAAGACUUGUAGACUAGCAAAAAUGGGUUCUGCUUAGAGAGUGUCUGCUAUAACUGAAGGACUUUUAUUUUAAAAUGAUAGCACUUAUAACGUAAAGACCAUUUGUUACAUUCUGUCUGCAGUGAUUAGUCUUUGGAGCUCCUGUAGGUACCUGCUCCUAAUGAGACUGCAAGUAGGCUUGGCCUUUGGCCAUCUGAAGUGUAAUUGUUGUGUUCCCUAAGACUGACUUUAGGCAGUUCUAUGUAUUGUGUACCAAUGAUAUGUAAAAUAAAAGCACCCUUUUGCUAUAAA